AUAUUAUUGCUUUUAAUUCCUUGUUAUGCCCGAUCUUCACCAACGAGCCCACGAAACAUAAAUCCCCCGCAACGAACAAAAACAUAUAUAACUCCACCCCUCAACGACAACAAUCCCUUCUUCUUCCCUCAGAUCCACAACCCGCGUCCUCACCUAAGCCGCCGGCACCGGAAGAUGGAGGACGACGAGAAGACACCCUUGGUGGGAGAAAUCGAGGAGGUGGACGCGAGUCCCGUGGAGGAGGAGGGCACGAGCGAGCGGGAGAAGCGCGUGCGGACCAAGGUCCCGGAGGCAGAGAUCCACCUGUAUCGGCAGGGGAAGGGCCCCGUGGCGGUGUUCAAGUCGGCACUGGGCGGCUGGGAGCAGGAUCAGCUCGAGAUCAGGGAGGACAUCCUCGAGAAGUACGGCAUGAAAUCGGUCUUCGCGUUCAAUCCGACCGCCGGGGGGCGCGGCGUUCCUGUCCGGUUCAAUCCCAGAAAUGGGAGGUCGAUUUUGACGUACAGGGAUGGGGCUGUUGUUUACCUUGAUGGAGAACCUAAGGAUUCACUUGUUAAACCAGUGACGAGGAUCUUGGUUGGGGUUGCUUUAAUAACCUUUAUGAUAACACUAGUUUCAAGGGAUACUCCGAACUGGUUGAAGAAAUUAAAUUUCUCUGGUGUGAACUUCCCUCCAUGGAUCUUGGCUUGUGUAGUUAUUGUCUUCACCCGCAUGAGGAAGAGAACUAGAGAUUUUCUGAAGAAGCGGGGUUGGUGAAUGAACUUGUGUGUGAUGCCUCUGUGGUAGGGUUUUAUGCAUUUCUCUAUACACUUUCAAGAUUUGUUUAAACUGACAUAAUUUUGUUGAUUACUUAUAUCAUCACAAAUGUUAUAGGUUAAUAAUAAGGGAUGCCACAUUUGAUGAUACAUAUAGAUGUUUUUGUUCAGCGAGUAUAGGCUAUCUAUCUACAUAGAUGAUAGAUCUUUUUCCUUUUAUUGUUGCUCAAAUAUGUGAUCAUUGAUUGGAGUGGAAAGAAAUAGUUUCAUAUCAUGCA